CACUCAGUUUGAUGAGAAUCAGCGAAGAUGGUGCUGUCGAACAAGAAGCUGAAGCAGAGGAUUCGACAAGACUUGGUUCAAUCACUAUCUGCCUCCGUAUACGAGUCUCAGUCUCUGAAAGUGCUUCUUGAUUCAGCUAGCCACAAACCCAGAUUGUCAAAGAGAGAGAAACGAAGAAAUAGCGAAACUUGCGGCGCUAGAGAAGAAGACGACCAAGGAGUCAGAGAGAGUGACGUUGACAAUGGUGGGUCAAGCGAGAAAACUGAUACGAAGAUUAUUAUUAUAAAGAAGAGAAAGAGAGACGAUUCUGUGGAAGGCGAAUUAGAAGGAGAUGAAGGAACUAAGGAAGGGGAUCAUAACCCCCAGAAGCAGAAGCAGAAGCAGAAAAAUAAGAAGAAAAAGAAGAAGAGAAAGGUAAACAAAGCACCAAAGAAGGCUGAGGAAGAAGACAAGGUUAAGGUAGAAGAGAUUCAAGUUAAUAAUACUGACAACAAAGAAGAAGAAGAAGAUGGGGGUGUUGUUCCUAACAAGUUAUAUGUUGGGGGUAUUCCUUAUCAGAGUACAGAAGAUGAGAUUCGUAGCUACUUCAGAAGCUCUGGAGUCAUCACUAAAGUUGACUGCAAGAUGCGUCCUGAGGAUGGUGCAUUCAGUGGUAUUGCCUUCAUCACUUUUGAAACUGAAGAUGGCGCAAAACGUGCUUUGGCUUUUGAUAGAGCUGCAAUGAACGGAAGCUUAGCAACCGCGGUCAGCGUUGUUGGUAAGGUGAAAAGAAGAAACUGUUACGAGUGCGGAGAAAAGGGUCAUCUUUCUACAGCCUGUCCCAAAAAGCUACAAAAUGGUGAUGAUGAUCAGGCAAACUCAAAGCAGGGUCGUGAGGAGACUGUCGAUGGCUAUGCUCUUCAAAAGACUAGUGGUGAUUCUUACUACUACAUGAAUGAGACAUAUGCUGCUACGAAUGAAGCUAAUAACGGAAGCUUAGCAACCGCGGUCAGCGUUGUUGGUAAGGUGAAAAGGAGAAACUGUUACGAGUGUGGAGAAAAGGGUCAUCUUUCUACUGCUUGUCCAAAGAAGCUUCAAAACACAAACUCAAAGCUGGAUCACCAGGCAGGACCGAUUCAGGUAACAAGCAAUGGUGGUGGUACUUUCAUGGACGAGACAUAUUCUACAGAUCCGAUAUCCGUUACUGCGACAAAUGAAGCUGAUGAUGAUGUAAACUUAACGUCCCCGGUUAGCACUGGUAAGAAGGUCAAAAGGAGAAACUGUUACGAGUGUGGAGAAAAAGGUCAUCUGUCUUCAGCUUGUCCUAAGAAGCUGCAAAAACAAGGCUGAUAUGUUCCAUCCCCCACCCACAAGCUCUUUCUCUCUACAAAAGACAGCUUUAAAAACAUUUGUAACAAAAAUUUUGUUUUGCAUUUCUAUUUUUUUAUGGGAAGGACGUGGACCACUUUUUUUGGUAGAAGAGUGGAGUUGUUUCUUUGGUCCUCCUAAUGUUAGAGAAAUCAUAACUUGUUUCUGUAUUGCUUUUACUAUGAUCGAUCUUAUACAA